UCAUUUAUUUGCUUGCUCGGGUACGGUUAAAUUUUAGUCCAGUUAAAUUAUGUUGAGUACAUAGUAUAAUAUUUACAAAUAUAAAAUUAAAAAUAAAUGAUACUAAACUAACAAAAUUAAGAAUAAAGUGAAAAGAAUUUAAGCCUAACUCGAGUCACAGAUUGUGAUAUGAAGGGUCAUAUUACUCAAUACUCAUAUUGAUCUGUCUUGUUUGACAAGUCCAUUAGCCGGAUUGAUUCAACACUUUGAUGAAUUAUAAAGUAAAAAAAAAAAAAAACAUAUCUUCUUUGGUACCACUUCAGUCACCUUCUACAAGGCUGCCCUAAUUAAUCUCCGUGAUAAACAAAUUUCGUUUAUCACGGGAAAAACUGCUACCUCAAGUAAUGAUUUUACCCAUUUUCACAGUAAAAAUUAUACUUUUGUCCCUGUGAUAAACAAAACAGAGAUAAACUUGUAUUUUCUCCACCUUCUACACCACAAUGACCUCAAUUUUGCACAAUGUAACAUGUGUAACUAAAUUAACUGACGAUAAACUCUUGCUAUGUUUCUAACGAAUUUAACUACCCACAACCAACUAUCCAGUCGUAUGCAAUCUCUACUAUGGGCAGUGAGCUCUUGCCGCUCCCUUGUGAAUUGCCAAGCUAUCCAUGCCUUAGUAAUCAAAUCCCAAUUCAUCAAUAAUGGCUUUAUUGGUGAUCGUUUAGUGUCAAUCUAUACGAGUUUGGGUUUCAACGAUUAUGCACGUAAGAUGUUUGAUGAAAUUCCUGACAAAGAUUUGGUUUCUUGGAAUUCAUUCAUUUCUGGGUUUUCUAAAAGGGGGAUUCUUGCUUUAUGCUUGAAUGCGUUUCAACGUAUGCGAAAUGAAGCAGACCUCAAGCCUAAUAAGGUUACUCUGUUGUCGGUUAUUUCAGCUUGUACGGUUGAUGGAGCUUUGUGUGAAGGGAAAUGCUUUCAUGGGUUUGGUGUAAAAAUGGGAUAUAUGGAGGAAGUUAAGGUUGCUAAUGUUUUGAUUAACAUGUAUGGAAAGUUGGGUAUGUUAGAUGCAGCUUAUGUAUUGUUUAAUACCAUGAAAGCGCGCAGUUUGGUUACGUGGAACUCCAUUCUCGCUUUACAUGCUCAACAUGGGCAUUCUGAUGAUGUUGUGGGUUUAUUCAACUUAAUGAGAAGAGCUGGAGUUAAGCCUGAUCAAGCUACUAUGGUUGCUUUACUUCAAGGGUGCACUGAAUUGGGGGUUGUCAAACAGGCAACAGUUGUUCAUGCUUGUAUAUUCAAGUGCGGGUUUGAGGGUGAUAUGCUUGUUUCGACUUCUCUUAUGAGCUUAUAUGCGAAAUCAGGACAGCUGAUUGCUGCGAACGUUAUUUUUGGAGAGUUAACAAAACCAGAUGCAGUAGCUUGGACAUCUAUGCUUGCAAGUUAUGCUAUGCAUGGGUGUGGGAGUGAAGCAAUCAAGCUUUUUGAGAACAUGGUUGAUGGUGGAAUUUACCCUGAUCAUGUUACCUUCACUCAUUUGUUAAGUGCUUGCAGCCAUGCUGGUCUUAUUUCUGAGGGAAGAAAAUACUUCGAGGAUAUGUUCAGAGUUUAUGGAGUUCAGCCUAGGAUAGAUCAUUAUUCAUGCAUGGUUGACUUACUAGGCCGUGCUGGGCUUCUUGAAGACGCUGUUAGUCUGAUUAGGAGCAUGCCAAUGAAGCCAAAUGUUGGUGUUUGGGGUGCCCUUCUUGGUGCUUGUAGGAUUCACAACAAUGUAGAGUUAGGGAAGGAAGCAGCAGAUAAUUUGUUUCUGUUAAACUCAUCUGAUCACCGAAAUUAUAUCAUGUUAUCAAAUAUAUAUUCUGCCUCUGGUCAAUGGAAAGAUGCUUCCAAAAUUAGGUCUAUGAUGAAAGGAAGGCGUUUAGUUGGGGACCCUGGAUAUAGUCUGUUUGAACAUGGAAACAGAGUUUAUCAAUUUGUAGUAGGGGAUCAGUCUCAUCCAAAUUCGGACAAGAUCUAUGCAAAAUUGGAAGAAAUAGUCAGGAAAGUUCACGAAGCAGGGCUGGUGCGGCAAACAGAAUUCAUCUUGCAUGAUGUUGAGGAGGAAGUUAAGAUAGAUAUGAUCAAUAAGCACAGUGAGAAGCUAGCACUUGCUUUCGGUUUGCUGGUGACUAACACUAGUAUUCCAAUUACUAUAAUAAAGAACCUUAGAAUCUGUGGUGACUGUCAUUCUGUGAUGAAGUUUGUGUCAUUGAUUGAGAAGCGUACUAUUAUUGUCCGGGAUCCAAAACGGUUCCAUCAUUUUGCUAAUGGGAUGUGUUCUUGCAAGGAUUAUUGGUGAUUAUAUUCCUUGGCUUUUGCAAAUAGUUGCAACAGAUGAGUUUGGUACUUACUAAGACCUGAAAGGAUUUCUGUCAAUUACUACAUUAGGUAAACAUGAUUUGUGCUCACCCGUGCUAUAAUACUCUUAUAUCUAUCUUUGCCUUGUUAAAAGUUUUUCAUGCUCCCUUGG